AAGAGAGAGAGAGAGAGAGAGAGAGAGAGAGAGAAGCAGCGAGCUAGUCUCUCGAGUAACUGGGAGUCGCAAGUCGGGGGAGCCACUCAGUCAGCACGAGAUCGGCAAGCCGAAUGGUCAACCGCGCCGAUACCCUCCCGGCUUGGAAGAAAGUACGCGCGGGACAGCGAGAGAAAGGGAGAGAGAGAGAGAGAAAGGGAAAAAAGAAAAGGAGCGUGCGCAAAGGGCGCCUCGAAUGUCAACGGAGUCUCAUCGCGUCGGCCGCGUCGCGACGCCUCGAGAUUAUAUUAAGAACGGAAGAAAAGGGACCAUUAGUUAUUGUUAUUGUUGUUAUUAUCAUUUUUGUUGUCGUUGUUGUUAUUGUUGUUGUUGUUGUUGUUUUUGUUAUUGUUAUUGUUAUCGUUAUCGUUAUCGUUAUUAUUGUUAUUGUUAUUGUUAUUGUUAUUGUUAUCGGUGGGAAUAGAUUUGACUGUAGAUUUGCACGGACAUGUGGAGAUUCCUGGUGCGAUGUUACGUCACUCUGACGUCGAUCUGAUGCAUUAUUGAUCGACGAUCAAUUUAAUUCGUUCUUAUUAGUUUUCUCAAUAAUUUACAUUGAUUACAUUUCUUCUUUUUUCUCCCUCUCUCUCUCUCUCUCUCUCUCUCUAUCUAUCUAUCUAUCUAUCUCUCUAUCUCUCUAUCUCUAUUUCUCUCUCUCUCUCUAUCUCUAUCUCUCUCUUUCGAUAUUGUCCUCUCAUAUUCUUUCCAUUGAUGAUCUUUUCUCGUUUUUCUUUUCCUCUUUUUUUUUUCCUUUUUCUUUCGUUCCGUUGUCUAUUUUCUUAGUCUUUUUUUUUUCUUUUUUUUUUUUUAUAUCGUACUCUGAUAUAAUCGAGUACGCGUUAUAGCGUGUUACAUUUGUAUAAAGAGAAUAAAGGCGUUCAUUCGUUGACGGCCGUCGCGACGACGACGUAGAGGCUCCCUCGCCUCCACGAUUAAGGGAGGCGGAAGUGCGCGAGUGGUGGAUCACAGAACACGAGCUGGAUCGUCCGGGAGAAGCCCAGGAGUAUCUCCUGCAGGAGGACGAGGAAGAGAUGAUCUUCGAGCUAUUGAUGGCCUCAGCGUUCGCCCUUGCCACACUAAGGCGGUAUUCGGUGGCACAGACGGCUACUCUGACGAGCCUCGCUUUCUUCCUGAGUUCCGGGCUGAGCGGGACGGUUUCCGGAGCACCGACCAGCUACGGUCUCCAUACCGCCAUCUCGGAAUCCAACAAUAAUAUGGAGCCUUGGCUGCAACCAUGCGGUACGCCGGUUGCUGCAGCUCUGAAAAAAAUGCCCCAACGUCAUAGCGUUCAUAGAGCGUUAAAAAGGGUACGAACCCAGCUUAGGGUCGCUCAAAAUCACUUUAGGAAGGAUCUUAAGGAUAUUCAUGAGAUCUAUUCGAAGGUGUACAAAGUGCUGAAGGAGCAGUACAGAAUGAACUGGCUUCCGGAGAAGCAGCUUGAGUGGUACCAUAGGGAACUCUGGUGCCUCGAGAAGGGUAAGAAGGCGGAGCGUGCACUUCCACGUCUUCACGACGCCCUUCAAAGGUUCGCCAUCACGUUCCACCAUCUUAGAGCGUUCCGACUAAAGUCGAAUAUCAACGUCGAUCUUACGAUGAACAGGCGAAACGAGAUUAUCGAUGCCAUGCAAAUCGAAAUUCUUCGAAUGCUUUGCGAAGUAGAAACAGCGAUCCUGAAUCUAGGACUGCAAUUACCAACCGCUCACAAGGCGGUCAUCGUCACGGAAAGUCGUAACUGGGCCAAGGAAGGUGAUCUGACGCUGAUGCUCAUUCAAGAUUGGGGCGUUUUAAGAUUAUAUCAAACCUUUCUGAAUGAUUGGACGCGUGCCUUUCGUAAUGCCACUGCGACUGGACCUGGUACCUGCGAUCCUAACACGAUAAAACCGCUUAUCUUACGACCGAAGAACAACAAGAAGGGUCCAAAAACUGGAAUGGGUACUAAAGGGAAGAGAAUACCGAAGAUCAAGAAAGAGCGAGUCAAUAGGAAACAUCCGUUGGGCUCGAAUCAAACGCAACCUUUGACACGAGGACCAAAAGUAUUCCCAAGGAAAAGACUGACGAGAAAGAAACAGGCGAGACCAGUGUAGUCAGCGAAAGUCCAUGAUCUCGAGUGAUCUUACUCGUCCUUAUCCAAUUUUCUUUCACCUUCAUUUUUAUUUUUAUGUCUAUUUUUUUUUCUUUUUUUUUUUUUUCUUCAAUAUUUUUCUCCCCUUUUCAAUUUUUAAACUAUAGACUAAUUAAUCUUUCGAUGUCGAACACUCGCAAAAAAGACGUUUAUCCUUCCGCCAGAAGACACAAAUAUACACAAACGACACACACACAUACACAUACGCGCGCGCGUACUUACAAACGCACACGCACGGACACACACAUUGACAUCAUUUGCAUAUGUUCUUCUAUUUAUUGCAUCGCCACGAUCAUUAAUUUUCUUUACGUUUUAAGCUUUAAUGCUUCAUUCACGAUCGACAGAAAGAGAUGACAUUUAAUAUAGAAACUCAAAUACGAUCGAAUUAUUCAAAAGAAAAUAUUUUUCCUCUAUUAUUUUACAUUAUGAUAAACUUACAUACAUACAUACAUACAUACAUACAUACAUACAUACAUACAUACAUACGUACAUACAUACAUACCUACGUACAUAUAUACGUUCGGCUGGCGGUCCAGCCGUAAUUUUUACUAGGGGACCAGUAUUAAGAGAUUUACUUCGAAACAGUAUUAUAUCUAAUAACGCGUAAUAACUAAUAAUAGCGGUUAAUAAUAACGUUGAUGCACAGAGAGACUUAUCGAUCGACGCUAUAUGUAGUUGAAGGCGAUUAGCUCGAUCGAUCGGAGAAUAUAGCGUCGAGGAGGCAUGCACCUGAAAAUCACGUAGCCAUACGUACUUUUCUUCUUCUUUCCUUUUUUUUCUUCUUCUUCUUUUCUUAUUUUAUUUUUCUUUUUUUUUUUCUUUUUUUUUUUUUGGUUUGGUUUGUUUCUCUACAAAUAAUCACGAGAGAGCGCACACGUUUAGGAACACUCGUUGAAACGCGGGAGACUGAGGAGGGAUGCGUUUUAAGAAGAUAAGAAGAUGAAGAGAGAAAAAAAAGGAGGAAGAAGGAGAAGAAAAGGAAGAGGAAGAAGAAGAAGAAGAAGAAGAAGAAGAAGAAAAAUAAAAGGAAAAAUGUGUAAAACACAAAAAGAGACCAGUCGUCCGUAGUCUCUUUAAGAUAAAUCUUAAAAGUUCGUCAAAAAAUCAAAACGCAUCGUUCUCUCGCGUUAGAUAAAGGACAAGUGAAAAUAAUCGCUCGAUUAUUAUACCACGAUUUAUGAGAAAAAAAAAAAAGGAAGAAAGAUAGAAAGAAAGAAAGAAAGAAAGAAAGAAAGAAAGAAAGAAAGAAAAAAAAAGAAAAAAAAAAAAACAAACAAACAAACUUUAUUUAUUGUAGCUUUAACGUCUGCGGGCGAAAGCUUGAUGUUUAGCUGUGAUAUCCCGAGCGUACGCGGACCGUACAGAGUUCCUACGUUUUAUACAUAGGUGCAUGUAUAUAAGUAUCAUCGUAUAUAUAUAUAUAUAUAUAUAUAUAUAUAUAUAUAUAUAUAUAUAUAUAUAUAUUAUAUAUAUAGUCGAACGCGUACCAUACGUACUUAAAACCGUUAGACUAUUUUCCUCUUUAUCUAUCUUUUUCUACUAUUUUCUCGUCUUCACAAUAGAAUCUCUUUCUUCUCCGCGAACAUGACAACUUUAUCUCUUUCUCGUGUACUUUAUAUCUCUCUAUCUUUCUCUCUAUCUCUCUCUCUCUCUCUCUUUCUCUCUAUUUGUCUGUCU